GGGUAACGGCUCGCCCCGGCGGGGAGCGGCUGCCACGUCGCACGGCGGAGCAGCGCAGAGCGGGGCGGCUCCUCCGCCCCCGCCGCCGGCCGGGCUGCCCCGCUCCAACUUCGGCGCUGGCUCCACUUCCGUCCGCCCGGGCCCCCGCAGGGGAGGCACCGGUCACCCCCUCCCAGUAAAAGGGAGCCGGUCCCCGGCUGGGGCGCCGUGUCCGCGGCGCUGCCGCUCGGGACAGGAAAGGGUGCGGGCCGCAGCUGGGCCGCUGGCACCGGCGGAGGGGCUGGGCCGGGCUGCCGGCUGCCCUGUGGGGUCGGAGUACAGUUUUCCGUGUGUUUUUUCUUUCCCCUGUUUCUUUUGUGUUCCUGGCGCUGUCCCCAGGGUAGGGUUCCUCCGGAUGGGGCUGCCUCCUUGGGGAUCUGGCUUCGACCCGUGGUGCUGCUCUGCGGUGCAAGAACUGUCGGUUGUGGGCUCCUGUCAUCCCCUGCUCUUGGAGCUUGGUGGGAUGGGUAAUUUAAUUAAUCGUUUUAGGGAUAAUAAAGCCAGGCCUGUGAAAGAUGUGGCUGAGUUGAACUGCAGGUCUCUCAUAUCCCAGCCAGGUCAUGUCACUUGACACCUUGUAGUUGAGUUGAAAGUCUCUUGAUUAUCUGAAAUCCCAAUUACAACCAUUCAGGUGGCUUUUUUGUACAGAUAUAGGUGCAUCUAAAAUGAUGAACCCUACAUUAGUAUAUGCUUUUACAUGUUUUCUAGGUUUUGCUUUCUAUUUUUCUCCUGGCUUUGGCUCUGAGUGGUUUGGGAGGGCUGCACAGUUUUUCAGUAGUUUUGCUGACAAGGCUUAGGCACCACAGGGCAGGGAUCUCUCAUUUUUAAAUCGUCCUUAAGGGUUAAUGGGGGGUGGAAGGGGAAUGAUUUUUUUAUCAGUUGACUUUAAUGUUUUCCAAUGAGGUUCUGAAGUUUCAUUUGAAAACUCUGGGAGUUCACACAGAAAGGAAGGUUAUAUACUGCUUACAUACAUUAAUCCCUGGGACUCUGAAAUAGACCAAGGUCUAGAGUGACACUGAAACUGUCAUCCAUGUGUUAGUAUCAAUUCUGAAAGUCAAUUAAGAGUUGAGCUAGGAAUAACAGAGCAUUUUUUGCCUGAGUUACUCCACAUUGCUUUUGAACUCCCUUUAUACAGGCAAAGUAUAUGCUGUCAGAGCUCUGCCUGUGCAGCUCUACCAGUGUGAGCAUGUCAUACAGGACACCCUAGCAAAAACAAAAUGUUGUAAAUGUGACAUGUUGCAUGUGGAAUGUGAAGGUAAAGGUGGUUGUAGUAAGAUCUAUUUGUAAUUUCUGGUGACAGUGUUAUAGGCUUGUCUUUUGUUGGGCAGUGAAUUAUCUGUGCUGGGAGCACAGAUAACUGUGGUGUGCAAGGCCUGGAUCAGAAGUAUGUGUCUAACAGACAGACUUUGCAGUUUGGUAGGCUGAGGAACCAGCUCUUUAGUUGCACUGUGGGCAGUGGUUGAAAUGCGUGUUCCUAAAAAUGAUUGGAUACCUAAGCACUGUGUGUCACCACAGCUGUCCAGAGAAGGGUGCAUGUAUAAAUAACACAGAUCGUAUGUUGAAUAUAGCCAGACUGUGUGUUACUCUUUUCCAUGAAAAGAAAAAUCACAUCUGAAGUGCUAUCAACAUGUUUUCCUGUCCAGUAAUGAAGCAGCAGUACUACACUGCAGGGCUAUGACGCAAAAUAGCUUAAGGCUGUUAGAUUAAUUCCUUGGAACUCUGGGAUUUGGAUAAGGUAUUGAAUAUGAUGCUUAAUUGUGAAAUAAGAUCUUUGUUCCUGAGUAGCAAAUACUGCACCAUUUUAUCUCAAUUGCUAUCACAGAACUGCAGUUGUCUUAACUGAAAGUAAAACAUGUUUCAGAUGAUCUUAUAAUCAGAAAUUGCAGUACCAACUAUACAAUUGCUAAGUCAUGAUGAAAUACAUCUAUGAAAAUUCUGCUAUUAGCAAAGUUUAGGUAAUAAUUUUUAGCUGCUGUUGUCUGCCAUCUGCUUUUGCACCUCUUGGCAUCAUGCUGUGCUUCCAAGCUUUUGUCUAAUCAUAAAAGGUAGAAAUGUUUUGUUUUGUUACCUUAACAGAAGCUGUGAUUCUCCUGUAAAUUUAUUUGUUCCAAUAACUGGCCUUUGAUUACAGCACCAGCAUCAUCAGACCCAUUUCUUAGUGUUCUGCUGUGGCUGAAAGAUUAGUCACUGCUGCUUUCCCAAAAGCAACUGUUGAAAAUAGCUUUUUUGGCAUUUGAAUGAUGUGCCUUUCAUAUCUUCAAUACUUUCUGUGGUUGACUGUCUUGUAUGCCUCACUUUUAUUGUUCAGAGUGGAAGCUGAAGUCUUAGUAUUUUUUUAAUCAAUAUAUAUUAGUAUAUGACAGUAUGCUCAUUAAGUAGGACUAAGAAAUAUAUAUAUAUAUAAAGAAAAUGCUCUUAAAGACUAAAUAAAUAACUACACAUCCCCAUAGACCUUUGUGUUUCAAGACAUCAGAUUUUGCUGUCUCUAAUUUCUGCUUCCUCUUAAAAUAUGAGAGGCUAUAAAAAGUGCUUCAAAGUCUGAAUCACCUGUUCAUGUUACAUUUACUUUACUUUAGAGGUGGACAUCUUGCCUUUUGCUUUUGUCAUUGUUUUGAGCUUCUAGAAAGUCUUAAAACUUUUGCAGUUGAGGUUUAUUGGUUUGGAGUAGCUGAGGUAAGAAUGAUGCGUGGUGUUUCUUGUUUUGAGUCAUUAUGCAGGAUUAAGCUGUUUCUGUGUUUCAUCCCAGAGGUGAUGUGUGCUUCAGUGAUGGGUGUAAAUAACCCGGUAGGUGCUUUAUAAGGUACCUACGGAUCCUUGGGAUUGUAAGGAUGAAAGUAUUACUGAGGGUGAAAAGUUUGGCCCCUUUGCUGGGGAGAAGCGAAUGCCGCAAGAACUGGAUGAUGACACAGACUGCAGGCUCAUGUGGGAAGUUCGUGGGAGUAAAGGUGAAGUUCUUUAUAUCUUGGAUGCAAGCAAUCCACGCCAUUCUAAUUGGCUGCGUUUUGUCCAUGAGGCUCCAUCACAGGAACAGAAGAACCUGGCAGCCAUCCAGGAAGGGGAAAAUAUAUUCUAUCUGGCUGUGGAAGAUAUUGAAACAGACACAGAACUUCUGAUUGGGUACUUGGACAGCGACAUGGAAGAGGAGGAGGAGGAGGAGGAAGUAACUGUUAUCCCAGAAGAUGAAGACAGUGGCGGCAAUAAAGAAGUGCAACCAGCCGGUCAAAAAAGUGCAGAUCCCCUCACCUGUAAAGAGGACCAUGCAUGCCCAAACUGUGAAUCCAGUUUUGCCAGCCAGGAGAUUCUGGCUGAACAUCUUCAGACUUUGCACCAAAAACCCAGUGAGGAAAAGGAGUUUAAGUGCCGAAACUGUGGAAAGAAAUUCCCUGUUAAACAAGCUCUACAAAGACAUGUACUUCAGUGCACAGAGAGUAUCAGCCCAGGAGACUCUUCCAGAAGUUUUCAGUGCUCUGUUUGCAAUACUUCCUUCAGCUCAGAAUCGAGUUAUGAACAACACAAGGAGGCAUGCAGAGGGGAUGCCAGAUUCAUAUGCAAGGCAGAUAGCUGCGGGAAGAGGUUCAAGAGUAAGGAUGCCCUGAAAAAGCAUAAAGAAAAUGUUCACAGUGGAAAUUCUAGGAAGAAGCUGAUGUGUUCAGUGUGCAAUAAGAAGUGUUCCUCAACAACAAAUCUCCAAGAGCAUCGAAAGGUCCAUGAGAUCUUUGAGUGUCAGGAAUGUGACAAGAAAUUUAUUUCGGCUAACCAGCUAAAACGCCAUAUGAUAACUCAUUCAGAAAAACGCCCCUACACCUGCGAGGUUUGCAAUAAGUCCUUCAAACGACUUGAUCAAGUGACUGCACACAAAAUAAUACACAGUGAAGAUAAACCUUAUAAAUGCAAGCUUUGUGGAAAGGGAUUUGCCCACAGAAAUGUUUACAAGAAUCACAAGAAGGUACAGCACAGACAGCAGCACUGCGAGCUUCCCCACAGUGUCUCGUCAAUAUGUCUCAACCCUGUUCUGGAGGAACCACCUGUUGAGACUCAUUCUGAAGAGAGACCAUUCCAGUGUGAGGAAUGUAAAGCUUUAUUCCGAACUCCAUUCUCUCUGCAAAGACAUCUGCUAAUCCAUAACAGUGAGAGGACCUUCAAGUGUGAUCACUGUGAUGCUACUUUCAAAAGAAAGGAUACCUUAAAUGUCCAUAUUCAAGUGGUACAUGAUGGACAUAAGAAAUACAAGUGUGAUCUCUGUGACAAGGCUUUUGUGACACCCUCAGUCCUGAAGAGUCAUAAAAAAACUCACACGGGAGAAAAAGAGAAGAUUUGCCCAUAUUGCGGACAGAAGUUUGCAAGCAAUGGAACACUGAGAGUUCAUAUCAGAAGCCAUACAGGUGAGCGUCCGUACCAGUGUCCUUACUGUGACAAAGCUUUCAGUAAGAACGAUGGCUUGAAGAUGCAUAUUCGCACCCACACAAGGGAAAAGCCGUACCAGUGUUCAGAGUGUAACAAGGCUUUCAGUCAAAAGCGAGGCCUGGAUGAGCACAUGAGAACCCACACCGGAGAGAAGCCAUUUCAGUGUGAUGUUUGUGAUCUGUCCUUCAGCCUGAAGAAGAUGCUGAUCCGACACAAGCUGACUCACAACCCCAAUCGACCGAUGGCAGAAUGUCAGCUUUGCCACAAGAAGUUUACAAGAAAUGACUACCUCAAAGUGCACAUGGAAAAUGUUCAUGGUGAAACCGACAGCUAAGGAGGGUGUGGGUGAGAAGAGUGGAUCUCACCUUCCAAAGUGCUCUAUCUGUACAUAUACAAACUCCAGACUUCUCAUCUGAGUAGUAAGCACAGUCAGGAUUAAAAAAACUGCAAUGUGUUCACAUGGUAAUAUUCCCCCUGCCCCUUCUGUCCCCGCCUUUUUUUAAAAUAUAUAUAUACUGGUAAGAUAAAAACCAAAGAAGGAGAUUCACCUGAAGUUGAAGAUAAAAGAACUUUGGGAAAAUUUUGUAGUCAUUAAAAAAAAAAAAAAAAUAAAUAAAAGGAAAGAAAAAAUCCUUUAAGCAACCUUCACCUUCUCAGUUACAGCCUUAGAAACUUAGGUACUGGUGGCGUUAUGUGGAAAUCCCUGGACAUUUGGUACUGAACCCUUGGAUGUCUGCAACUGUAUUUCUGUAUCUAAGCUUCAAAAUUCCAUUAAACUUCUUUGAAACCAUGAAGAACUUUUCAUUCU